GAAGUUGCCGAAGCAGGUUGUUCUACUCUUUACCUUGUACCGCUGCGGGAGGGGUCAGUGUGGCAGUGUGUCUGCUCUGGUGAAGUUGCGGAGAGAGAAAACAGUUUAGUGGGGUCUCUGACUCUUCCUUUCCGUCGGUAAGACUUUCUGUUACAGUGCCUGACCACCAUCAUGUUUGAUGUACGAUCUGUAUUGUGUAAAGGGACGCUGUGCGUGAUUUUAUUCCUUUUGGUGACAUACGGCGCAUCGCAACAGUUAAGAGGACACAGAAGUGAUGCAAGUGAGAUUGCUCGACAGAACCGCAUAACACAACAGAUCCUGGCACAGUAUCUGCAGAGACGUCUGUUCCCCCAUCUCACUACCACGACGACACCCUCAUCGAACGUCCUCCUCCAACUAAGGGACAACUCGACGGAUCAUCAACUUCAUCAUCAUCAUCAAGCUCAUGAAGCCGAAGGCGAUGACAGACUGGAAACAGUCGAAUCGGAACAAAUCUCCAAUGUCUACUUCACCUCGGAAGGUGACUGCACAAACUGCGUGGACGAGAGUGUCGGCCUGUCUGGCAACAGAUGGACAAUGCCUCUACUGAAACUGGGAGAGAAACGCUACUACCUCGGAAUCUUCUUCAAGGCGAACUGGUACAGAGCGGCGCAGUACUGUCGCUAUCAUGGGAUGCACCUGGCGAGUAUCAACAGCCAAGAGGAGAACGACAAGUUAGAGAAGCACAUCAGAGACUUCGGACUAGGACAUGAACAUUUCUGGACGUCGGGUACGGAUCAGGCAGAAGAGGGCGUGUUCUUCUGGAUGUCAACCGGCCGACCGGUUACCUUCACCAACUGGAACACCGGAGAACCGAACAACUUCCGAUACGAGAACGGAGAAGAGGAGCAUUGUCUGGAACUUUGGAACCGGGAUGGGAAGGGACUCAAAUGGAACGACACACCCUGCUCCUUUGAGACAUUUUUCGUGUGUGAAGUGCCUUGACCCUAGAGGGUCUACCUGACUGACUGUACGUAACGUUUCGCCCCGUCCCCUCCGAAGGAUUGCUGGUCAAUUCGCAGCAAAGUGCCCGCUACACUGUUGCGCUAAUAAUUCACCACGACCAGCGAUUAGACAAGUCGCAUUGACCCUUUGAAGCCAAAAGCUAAUCUAAAUAAUGUUUAAAAUCCAGUUAAUGCCUCAAAAAAUUACCGCCGUUAUAAAUAUUGGUUGGUUAGUGCUGUUUAGAAUAAUAAUCGCUGUUCACUCUGAAGAUACACAAAACCCAAAAAUACACUGGAUGCUAUAAAUGCAGUUAGUGAAUGUUAAAUCAGGUCGUACAUUCAGUAACCAUUGUGCUUUGAAGGGUUAAUGAAGGUAGAAAGGAAUAGGAUACUUGAAAUAGUCAUUCUCAAGAUUAUGAACAUCACAGUCAUGAUGUCUUGAAUGAGAAAUCGCGGAAAUUUUUUAAAAUGCACACAUGAUGAUACUCUAAAUAAAAAUAAAAGACAUUGUGAAGAUUUCUGUCUUCUGCGUUGUUGCGCCGUGUAGUCUGGUAGAUGUUUACCAACGUUUCAGAGGUCAUAUUGCCUCCGUCAUCAGAGCGAUGAACAUCUACCAUACUACACAGCGCAACAACCCAGAAGACAGAAAUCUUCAUACUCACCGCUGUGAAAACGUUACAGAAGACAUUGUGCUUUGAAUGAAGUCACCAGAAGAUUCUUUCAGGCAUACAUAUCAUGAAGUUAAUACUUGAAGUUAUAAGGCUUAUAAUCUUGGCAUUUAAGGACGUCUCCUAGAAAUUUUUAGGUCCAUGUGCAUAAUUUUAAUAAGCAUCGGUAUUAAAACUCGGGCUACAGAAGGAAGCGAAUUCGAAUUGUUUUACAGAAAGAGAAGAAAUUUGGUAAGUGAGAACUGAUUUAAAAGAAUGCAAGUACUUAAAUAAAUAUAUAUAUAUAUAUAUAUAGAAGACGAAAUAUAAAAGUAUAUAUUGUAAUAUUGAGAAAACUCCCUUUAGAGACUUUAUAAAAUAUAAGCUAAGUGUCCCGUUGAAACGUGUUAGCAUAGUUGAAAUCAAAUUUCAAAAAUAUGAAUGGCUUUGCAUUUUAAAUCUAUUAAACGCAAUGAACUACAUAAAUGUAUGAGCAUAUGAAUCUAAAAAUUUAGAGAACUACGCUUUUGGAAACUUCAUUCAAUAUGAAUGAGAAGCAUUUUCCUUGAUCUACUUUGACGUAGUGCAAUAGUAAUUUAUUAUAAAGCCGAGAACCAAAUAAAUUCUCGAUUUCAGUGAGUUAUCACUGAAACUUGAGCUGUCAGUUGUAUCUGCGUCCUUGAUAUGUUUUCUGUCGAUGUCCUGCACAAUAUUUACGUGCAGGCACAAAGCAGCGUGGCCCAUGAUGUGACAGGUAUUACAACCUGGCUUUUAAUUUGUAAUACAAUCAAACGAUUUGCAUCAUGUGAGUGAAACAGAUGUUUCUGGACAACAAAACUUCUUCAGAAAGAAUUAUUUAGCCUUCUCUCAAAGCACAUAUUCAUGGUACAAACACUCUGUCAAUCAUGUUUUCAGGGGAAAGGAAAUAACUGUAAACAUGACGUCAAUUGACAGUUACAACAAAACGAAAUGUUACUGCAAUCCUCUGGGACUCAAGUUAUCUAUGAGAUAACGUAAUAUGAACAAUGUUUGUUGCGUUAUAACAACUAACUUUUUUUUACAGACCUGCUUUUAUCGAAUGCCAACCACUUUCUGAGUGGCAACGUGACCAUAUUUCUUUACAUAUUGUGUAACCAUGUUCAUCCACGUCAUUAAACAUUUAUAUCUGUAUAUUUAAAGUACGAAUAAUAAUUUUUGGGCGGUUGUAUUUUCUCUUUGUGCAGUGUUAAUUUAAGAGUGCAUUUAAAAAGUAAAUUCUGUUUUAGCACAAAA